AUAACACACUCACUUACACACACUCCUCUUACCCACACGGUGUGAUUCACAGUGUUCAGCUACAACUGAGAGAAUCUGAUCCUUUGUGUGUGCACUCUUUUUUUAACCUCUCUCCUUCCCCUCUUUCUCUCUUUUUCUCCUCCCUCGCCGUCACUCUCUCUCUCUCUCUCCCUCCCUCCUCUUCUCUUUCCUCCCUGGUGGUGUGUGUGUGUGUGUGUGCGUGUGUGUGUAUGUGUGUGAACCGUGGGGAUAACAGACGCUCAUGUGAGCAGCCUCAGUGGCGGCAGCAGUGACUGGUGAGACAGAGGAGAGAGGAGAGGAAGAGCGCAGGGAUAACAGAGCCACCACCACCACCACCAUCAUUCUGAUCGGAUUCACACCAGACAUGUGAGAAGAUGUCCGUGGGCGGCUGCGCGUGUCCCGGCUGUUCCUCCAAGUCGUUCAAGCUGUACUCCCCCAAGGAGCCCCCCAACGGUAGCACUUUUCCCCCUUUCCACCCCGGCACCAUGCUGGACAGAGACGUGGGUCCCACUCCAAUGUACCCUCCUACAUACCUGGAGCCAGGAAUAGGGAGGCACACGCCAUAUGGCAACCAGACAGACUACAGAAUAUUUGAGCUCAACAAGCGGCUACAGAACUGGACGGAGGAGUGUGACAACCUAUGGUGGGAUGCAUUUACUACAGAGUUCUUUGAAGACGAUGCCAUGUUGACCAUUACUUUCUGUCUGGAGGAUGGACCCAAACGCUACACAAUUGGCCGGACGUUAAUCCCGAGGUACUUCAGGAGUAUAUUUGAGGGCGGUGCUACUGAGCUCUACUACGUGCUGAAGCAUCCCAAGGAGUCCUUCCACAAUAACUUCGUCUCCCUCGACUGUGAUCAGUGCACCAUGGUCACUCAGAAUGGAAAGCCCAUGUUCACACAGGUGUGCGUAGAAGGACGCUUGUACCUGGAGUUCAUGUUUGACGACAUGAUGAGGAUAAAGACGUGGCACUUCAGCAUCAGACAACACCGUGAACUCAUUCCCCGCAGUAUACUGGCCAUGCACGCCCAGGACCCACAGAUGCUGGACCAGCUGUCUAAAAACAUAACAAGAUGUGGCCUGUCGAACUCCACCCUUAACUACCUCCGACUGUGUGUGAUUCUGGAGCCAAUGCAGGAGCUGAUGUCCAGACACAAGACAUAUAGCCUCAGCCCCAGAGACUGCCUCAAGACCUGCCUCUUCCAGAAAUGGCAGAGGAUGGUGGCGCCACCCGCUGAGCCAUCGAGACAGGCCCCAAACAAGCGGCGGAAGCGUAAGAUGUCAGGUGGCAGCACCAUCAGCGGAGGGGGAGGAACAAAUAACAACAACAACAACAAAAAGAAGAGCCCGGGCAGCGGAUUCCCUCUGUCCAGCCAAGUUCCUGAUGUGAUGGUGGUGGGAGAGCCCACGCUGAUGGGGGGAGAGUUCGGCGACGAGGACGAGCGUCUGAUCACACGGCUGGAGAACACGCAGUUCGACGCGGCCAACGGCAUCGACGACGAGGACAGCUUCAACAACUCUCCGGCGCUGGGCUCCAACUCGCCCUGGAACAACAAGGCCCCCUCCAGCCAGGAGAGCAAGAGCGACAACCCCACCUCACAGGCGUCACAGUAGAGCCCCGCAACCUCAACACAGCCCCCUCUCUCUGUCACUCCUCAGCCCCCACCCCACCCCACCCCAGCAGCCACGGCCGCAAGAGUAACAGCCCCAUCAUCUGUAGCGCUCAGAUUCACACACAGGUAGCCUGAGGGAGCCCAGUCUCAGUCAUUUUUUUAUUAUUGCUGUGACUUCCCAAUAUUUAGGCGCUGUGUCCCACCCCUCCCCUUCCUCUCCUUCUCUCACACUCAACAUGUCCCAUCUGCUCUUGCUAAUUUUCAGUUUGGACAACGACUGGGGUAGAUGUGAACGAGCAGGAACGGGGAACUGCGCGCACUAAACUACCAAUACCGGGGUUCGCAUGUAGGGCCGGGUGGGUUAGGGUGCAGGGGUUGACGGCGGAGGGGCUUCUAGAGGGUGGCGAGUCGCUUAGGGACGACUCCGCCACCCGUCCUCUAAGCGUGGCUCUCUACUCUGGUCUGCUCGGCUGACGCACAAGUCGCUGAUAACGUUUGUUAAUAGAGUAUAUGUGUGUGCGCGUGAGUUAGUGUGUGUGUGUGUGUGUGUAUGUGUGAAAUUUGCAAGGAGAGGCAGUUUGAGCUUAAUUGCAGCUUUGCUGAAGCAGCCAGACCAGAGUUUAGAGUCAGUCCGUAAAAAACAUUAAAAUUAACACACUAGUACGAGAGCUGAAAUGUGGCACUAGGGAAGCAUCACACACACACACACACACGGACACACACACACGGGCACACACACACAUAAACAUAAUGAUUGAAGGAGUCCCCUAGUGCCCGAGCCGUCUCUGAUUAGACUACAGAGAGCGCAGUCUUUCAAACAGAGAACAUUUACAACACACGCAGUUACACAUUUUAAGAGUUUUUAUACAGUAUAUAUUUCCCUAGAAUGUUUUUUAAUUUGUAUUAAACGCCUUCAUUUCAAUUGUUACUUUUUUUAUUUUCUACCAAUACUGAAAAGCUACAGACCAAGGAGCAACACAGGACUUUUAUCCUUCCCCCCUCUAAAAUAUAUUGUUUUUAUCUUUUAUGUUUAUAAAAGAGAAAUAAUUUAGUGUGGAUGUUUUUAUUUUGUCUUUUUGUUCCUUUUUUUUUUGGAGAUUUGAAUUUUUGUGUAUUUGUGCUUGUAUAUUUAAGGUAGUAGCAAAGUUCUGUCUGACUGUAAUAAAAUGUAUUCUUACUUAGAUUUACCUAAAGCCAUCCCGAUCUAAUGUAAAGAAACAAAAAUAGGAAAAAGGAGAAAAAACACUCAUGACCCCGCCCCCCCCCCCCCCCCUCGACCUUCCUACCUGCUCUCUUUCCUCUUUUUUAAAACUUGUGUAAAUUAAAUUACAAAACCCCCGGGGUACAAUGGCACCAUGGAAGAGAUGAUUUUACUGUUUAUUUUACUUUUUUUUUAAUUUAUUUAGGAAAUGUCAGAAGUUCACUCAUACAUUUCAUCGAUACAGGAAAAUGUUUCUUCACUUUACGUUCACCACCGUUCCGUGUGUUUCAAUUUGAUGUCAAGUGAAUGUGCUCGCUUAAGUUUAGUUUCCUUCUCAUGUCUCAUCACUGACUAAGAAUCAUCUUUUUUUUUUCUUUCUGUUCGUUUAAGUCCUCUUUAUUUGUUUGGUCUUGUUCAUAGCCGUCAGAGUCACACACACACACACACAUCUUCUUAAACCAGCUUCACAUUAAGUUCAGUCUACAUAUUCAGUAGCAACGCUGAUUCUGUAAAGUCUAAUAAAUGCAGCUGAGGCAUCUGUUGUUGUUUUGUACGUUUCCAUUUUGUUAUUCCAGCUGCAGUUACGAUUGAGUUUGAAUGGUGACUUGUACCUUCUCCAAACCCUGUAGAAAAAUCAUUGUUUGAUAUAUAUUUUUUGAUUUGGUUAGUUUCUGCCCUUGAUAAUUAAUGUAUGGUACCAAUAAAAAGAUACAUUUUCACUUUAAAA